AUAAAAUCAAAAAAACCCGGUAUUCAUCCAACAAACCUUCGAUUGAGAAAAAUCCAGGACAGCGGUUCCAGAAUGUCAAUCAUAUGACCGCUUUUUUCCUUUCAGGUACUUCCACAACCGUUUAUUGCUCUUUCACUACUUCAAAAACCCCAACUCCAUACCCAAAUUCCUCAUUUUCUUUCCAUAAUUUCGAAAAAGCGGAAAACUCUGGAUGGCGUUGAGCUUGGGCCGUGCUCGUCCCAUCACCACCCCCAUCUGUCUUUUAUCUGCCAUCCGCUCCUUCUCUUCCCACUUGGAUCCCAACACUACUACUACUAUUACUGACCUUGAACUAGAACCAGAGCUAGGGUUCUGUUCACAAACCCCAAAACACUAUCUUCCUUCACUCCAACCCACAUCACACGACGCCCAAUUGGUCUCCAACUUACUUAUCCAACACCACAACCCUUUCCACAUCAUGGAGUCCUCUCUGCAACUCAAUGGCAUUAGGGUUUCGUCCCAACUCGUCCACCAAACCCUAAUUCGCCUUAAAAAUGUCUCCAAGAUUGCAUUUGGAUUCUUCUGCUGGGCCAAAGACCAACCCGGGGAUUACCAACACGAUGUCACCGCCUACGACCUCAUGAUCGACAUUUUGGGUAAAGUUAGACAAUUCGACGUCGUCUGGCAAUUGGUCAUCGAGAUGGAUCAACAACAAAAUGCAAAACCCACUUCCAACACUUUCAGAAUAUUGAUUCGUAGGUUAGUUUCGGCUGGUUUAACUCGCCAGGCGGUUCGAGCAUUCGAUGACAUGGAAUGCUUUGUGGAACAAGGAGCAAAUAGAGACGAUUUCUGUUAUCUUCUCGAUACGCUCUGUAAGUAUGGUUAUGUGAAACUUGCGACAGAGAUAUUCAACAAAAGGAAACACAUUUUCGAGCCCGAAUCGAAAUUGUACACGGUUUUGAUAUAUGGGUGGUGUAAGAUAAAUAAGCCACGUAUGGCGGAGAAGUUCUUUGUAGAGAUGGUGGAUCAUGGGAUUGAGCCGAAUGUUGUCACUUAUAAUGUGCUUUUGAAUGGUAUUUGUCGGAGGUCCAGUCUGCAUCCGGAGGACCGGUUUGAGAGGACAAUUCGAGCCGCAGAGAACCUGCUUGUUGAAAUGCGUGAUAGAGGGAUUGAACCUGAUGUCACGAGUUAUUCGAUUGUGCUUCAUGUUUAUAGUCGGGCGCAUAAACCCGAUUUAUCACUCGAUAAGUUGAAGAUGAUGAAAGAUAAAGGGUUGUGUCCUACAGUGGCGACCUAUACAUCUGUUGUGAAAUGCCUUUGUUCAUGUGGGAGACUCGUGGAAGCCGAGGAAUUGCUCAAUGAGAUGGUAUGCAAUGGGGUUACUGUAUCCGCUGCGACUUAUAACUGCUUCUUUAAGGAGUAUAGGGGAAGGGAGGAUGCAGAUAGUGCUUUGAAAUUGUAUCAAAAAAUGAAGGAAGACUCUUUGUGCUUACUCAGUUUGCACACUUAUAACAUAUUAGUGGGAAUGUUUAUCAAAUUAAAUCGCAUGGAUAUUGUGAGAGAGUUAUGGGAUGAUAUGAAGGCCAAUGGGUUUGGACCAGAUUUGGAUUCAUAUACAUUGUUGAUUCAUGGAUUAUGCGAGAAACAGAAGUGGAGAGAGGCUUGCCAGUUUUUUGUAGAGAUGGUAGAGAAGGGGUUUCUUCCACAGAAGGUUACUUUUGAGACACUAUACCGAGGCUUGAUACAAGCUGAUAUGUUGAGAACUUGGAGAAGAUUGAAGAAAAAGCUUGAUGAAGAGUCCAUAACUUUUGGUUCAGAAUUCCAACAUUAUCACUUUCAGCCUUAUAGGAGAUGAUAAUUCAUCAUAAGAGCAUGCAGUGGUGAAAAGCAAGUAAAAUCUAGAAUACGAACUGAAUUAGACAUGUAAACGUGAAAUCUAGUCCAGUCUCACGGCUAUCCAUGCCACUGCCAGCAGCAAGCAUCUCCAUCUUCCUCUGCACCAUUUGCAGUUCUGCCUUCACAUCAUUGUGUUGCACAUACCCAUAGAGGUUACAAAGAGCAACAUCUACACUCACCACUUCAUUGAUUAUCUUCCUACGCUUCUCAUGAACAUCUAACCCUGUAGACAUCAGUUUGGAUAUCAAUGACCACCCACCAGACUUGCUCUUCAUCGCUGGCAUGGACAAGAAUAGCAAAAGAGAUCGAAAAACGGAUAUGACUGUAGUACUAACUUCUCUUAGCAAUUUAACCAACAUUGACAAGUGAUCAUCUAAAACUAGGGCAGGAAAUGCUCUGGUUUUGCUUUCAAUUGGCUUCAAUGCUCUGAUGCACUCGGAGAUGUCUUUUUUAGCCUUCUUCCUGAAGCUAAUGUAAGCGCUAAUACUACAUUUGAUGCUUGAUUCACCAGUCAUCCUUCGUAAAGCUUAUUGAAGGCGCUGCAAAUGUUCCUUCAUCAUCGACAAGAUAUCCCGUGCAGUGCCACAUGUGUCCAGCAAUGUCCCUGAGCCAUCUAGUGCCUCUUCCACUACUUUUUCAUUUUGAUGGUGAAGAGCUUGUUGGGUGGAGCAGAGCGCUAAUGAGUUCCUCAAUACAAGCAUACAACUCCGUGAGCCCAACUAGGCCUUCUUGAAUAGUUUCGGCUCCUAAUGCUUCUUGUUGCAGAUUCUGAUGAUGCUUUCCAUGCUUUAAGCUUGUCCAACUCUGCUUCAAUUUUGACAGAAGUGGGCUGCAACCUGUAAGGUAAGCUAAUGGACCUCACAGGAUGCAAUGCAGAUGGACAUUCCGUUGUUCUUGUACUGCAAAUGCUGAAAGUACUCAAUACACAAGUGAAGCUUGAGCAACAGUGAUUAUCUUCAAUCUAUUUGUAGGAACACAAUGAAGGCAACAUUGAAUUAUUGGUGCCAGGGCAGUAGUAUGAAAUGCCUGUGAUGUCGAGGUUUGUAUUCAUAUUGUAUUCAAAUUGUAACAAUUUUCGCCAACAAUAUGCAAUGUUGAAUUCUUUGUUUUAA